AUGAAAUUCGUGCUCAACAACGACCACAAAGCCGGAACAGAGGAGGCAUUUGUAUAUUCCUCCAAUAAACCCAAUAAGCGCGUCAACGGGUUGUCGGCGUCCACCGGCAGCCUGGUGUUGGCAGAACGGCCUGCCCCAACUACUGUCCAGACUACGCGCUACAACUCCCAGUUCCGAUCUUACCGUCUUUUAAAUGCCUUGGAUUCCCGUUUUCCCAUGAGCUCAUCCGACCAUGUAUCGGCGCGUUUAGUUGCCUUGAUGGAGGGAGCGCCCGAGCUGCUGCAGGGGACGACUUUUUAUGCUCUUCGAGAGGUUCCCCGUCGCCUACACCUGAGCGAAUGCCUGCGAGACAGCGUCGGAUAUUGGUGUAGCUCUUGGAUUGACUGCCUUCAGGGCCUCCGAGAGCCAAGCACCAUGUCCCGGACUAGCCACGGAAGGGCGAUCCGGAGUCUCUUGCAAGCUAUGCGAAGUUCUCAGACACCAAGCGUCGAGACCCUGGCAGCAGCGACAGUUCUGGUUGAAACGGGACAUACAUUCGAUAUAGAUGGAUCCGUGACGGGAUCCAGGCUUGUAGGGCAGGCUAUGGGAAUUGCGACAUUAUUAAAGCUAAGAGGCUUCCCGAACAUAGAUGAUCCCUUUGAGCUUUUAAUGGCAUAUGAACAAUUCUUCCUCAUUGAUUCACUUCGCAGCUUUGGCGAUUCUAACGCGGGGGACUUUGUUAGUACAUCCCCCUGGCUGGAAGUCAGGGAGAAAGUUACCGAAAAGGUUGUUUUGCUCGAAAGUGGUCAAGAAAUCGAUUUAGUUAUACAGAGGCUCGCCAUGCGUUACGGGGAUGUUAUCAGAGACAUGAAAUUGUGCCACGAAGACCCCAAUUCCCACUACGAUAAGGCCAAAAGGAUAGAACUGGAGAUGCGGGAGUAUCUACGCACGAUUGAGGGUCUUUUCCCUGGCCACUGGGCAUAUGCGGAAAAGGAGUUUGGGCCCAUUACAGAAACUCUGGAUCCCGACUUCUUCUUGGGAAGGAAAUAUGUUCUCCAAAGUCACAAGACGUAUGAGAUUCUCGGUGACGGUCUUCAUGCAUGGCUCGCACCAAGCCUGAUUAUAUCUCGUAUCAGAAGGCUCUACAAUGAGCCGGCUGACAUGGCCAUCCAGAAAAGGUAUCGAGAGUCCUGCGAAUGGGCGUGGAUGUUUAUCCCUCAUUUAAGAAGUCAAGAUCCCCUGACUCUUAUCGAUUACGCUGUCAUGUUUGUACUCACAGUCGAAGCUGCGAACGAGCAAGAAAUCCGACACGUCCUGGAUUUCAUCAUGCAGAUGGAUGUGAUGGAAGAAUAUGCGCGCGACUACGAUACCCUCCUUGAGCAAGUUAAGGCCGCAGUCGAUCGCGCUCUAGGUACUCAAUCUAAAACCAAAACAGCAAAACCACAACUAGUUACAGAAAUUCUCGAGACAUAG